CAAUAUGGCUGGCACUGAAGACGAAGUGUUGAGAGAAGCGUUUAUGGUUAAGAGGUCUCAAAACAAGAAAAUAUUUACUCCAGUGAACUACAAAGAACGAUGGUUUGUCCUCACUCGCCAAGUACUGAUUUACUAUGACUCAGAUGGCCCAAAACGGAAAGAACGUGGUCGCAUCUCAACAUAUAUGAUACACACAGUGGAACAGGCCCAGCUCGGAGAACUCAACAAGCAAGUCCCGGAAGGUGAUAACGAGAAAACGCCAGGAUAUAGAUAUCCCUUUCAGGUGGGUUACACGGAGCAGAAUUCUGACUAUACACUGUACCUGGCAGCACGCGAGCACUCUGAGCGUUUGAGCUGGAUACAUGAUAUUAGAACUGUGUGUAUAUCGAACACACGGCGUGCCCGAUAUCAUCCAGCUGUCUGGUCUGCUCGUCGUUGGUCGUGCUGUGACGCGGAGCGCCGGUCCGCCCCGGGCUGCGCCCUCACAGCGGUUUGGCCGCUGCCGGAGCCCGAUUUGCAAUUGAUAUUGCACGAACCAAGUAGUCUUACUCCAUCGGUCACGGCGGCUGUCACGAUGCCCGGAGGAGGGAGUGGACCUCCUGGGACACCAUCAGCUAAACCCAAAGAAAAGCGGACCAAAGUCGUCGUAGCUCUGUACCCCUUUAAGGCAAUUGAAAGUGGAGACCUGUCUUUGGAAAAGGGUGCAGAGUAUGAAGUUAUAGACGAUUCGCAAGAGCAUUGGUGGAAAGUGAAAGAUGAAAAUGGGUCCGUCGGAUAUAUUCCAAGUAAUUAUGUUAAGGAAAAGGAAACAAUAGGAUUGCAAAAAUACGAAUGGUACGUUGGUGAAAUGUCACGACAGCGAGCUGAAUCUCUCCUCAAGCAAGAAGAUAAGGAAGGAUGUUUUGUUGUACGCAACUCCUCUACCAAGGGAAUGUACACGCUUUCACUAUAUACCAAAGUCACUCACCCCCAAACCAAACAUUACCACAUAAAGCACAACGGACGGGGCGAAUUCUACCUCUCGGAUAAGCAUUGCUGUCCAACAAUUCCGGACCUGAUCAACUACCACAGGCAUAAUAGUGGUGGACUAUGUUCGCGACUCAAGGCCACGCCCUGCGAUCGCCCCGCCCCGCCCACGGCUGGAUUGUCGCACGAUAAAUGGGAGAUAGAUCCUUCGGAAUUAGUAUUAUUAGAAGAGUUAGGGGCCGGUCAAUUCGGCGUUGUGCGUCGCGGCAAGUGGCGUGGGAGAAUUGACACUGCUGUCAAGAUGAUGAAGGAGGGCACGAUGUCUGAAGACGACUUCAUUGAUGAGGCCAAGGUUAUGACCAAACUCCAGCACCAGAACUUAGUACAGCUGUACGGUGUGUGUUCAAAGCACAGACCGAUAUACAUAGUAACUGAAUAUAUGCGACAUGGCUCGUUGUUCAACUACCUGCGACGCACAUCUCCAGACCAGCUCGGCCCUGCUGUCCUGCUCGAUAUGUGUAUACAGGUGUGCAAAGGUAUGUCGUACUUAGAGAGGCAUAACUACAUUCAUCGGGAUUUGGCCGCGAGGAACUGUUUGGUUGGAGAUGAAAAUGUUGUCAAAGUAGCAGAUUUUGGCCUGGCUCGGUAUGUUCUUGAUGACCAGUACACGAGUUCUGGCGGCACCAAGUUCCCAAUAAAAUGGGCACCGCCUGAAGUUCUCAACUAUACGAGAUUCUCUUCUAAAUCCGAUGUUUGGGCGUUUGGAGUGCUGAUGUGGGAAGUCUUCACGUGCGGCAAAGUGCCGUAUGGACGGAUGAAGAACUCGGAAGUGGUAGAAAUGGUUCAGAGGGGACAAGUGCUGGAGAAGCCCAAGGGAUGUUUGAAUGAGAUAUAUAACGUAAUGCGAGCAUGUUGGCGACACGCCCCCGACGAACGGCCUUCGUUCCGCGUGCUUAAAGAAGAAUUGGCUCAAAUCGCUCACACCGUACUCGCUGAUUGACUGCGUCUUUUGCUCUGUUUGCUGCGUCCCACUCCGCCAGUAUCGCCUGGCAACCCUGGUAUUUCCACCCUCGGUAUACCCGGUAAUCCGGGUAUCGCGAGUAAUCCCGCUAUAAGUCUCGGUUUACCCGGUAUUUCCAGCAAUUCUGGUGUAGCGAAUAAUCCCGUUCCCAGCGACCUAAGCAUGCCCGCCAACUUCCUCAUCCCCAGUAUAGCCAGCCCCCUAAUUCCGGCAACUCCCGUCAGUCCCUCGACCCAACACCCGCUUACACUCCCACGCGCUCGCAGAGUACACGCAUCGCCUACGUAAGAAUAACUAUUAAGCAGUUACGCAGUCAAAUUAACCUUUAGCUAAUAAACGUUAAGUUUUCGGGUCCUUUUUGAAUUUAAAAUCUGACGGCAAAAAUAUUUUGAAAGCGCCCAAAGAUGCUCGAUUUUAAUAGAUGCGAUUUUAUAAACAAUGUUAUCAAAUGUCAUUGUAAAUUUUGACAAUUUACUUUUGGAGUACAGUAUUAUAUGAAGCUUCGCGCGCUCGACGUGAUUGGAUCUCGUUAUCAAUUUAUUGAAUCUCAGUUAUGUGAAGAUGUGGUUUUCACAUUUGUAUGAAAAUUCUAAAUGUUCGAUCUGAAUUUGAACAGCCAAGUUUUUAUAAAAACAAUUGUCAAACUCAUUGAAUUUUGUCAAUUAAUCAAUGAAUGAUUGACAAUUGGAUGAUGUUUAAUCCGAUAAUGUUGAGAAAGGCGUUCCUCGUACGUCUCUCAAGACGUCACACUUAGCGCCGUCUCAUUUCUGAAUAUCACCCUUUCGGUAUACAGAGUUGCUGCUUAGAGUUAAGUAUCUGUGUGUCACAAACAGUGUUCGGCACACGGGUCUCGCAGCUAAGUCUCAAUGCGGAGUCUAACUAAUGAUGUAAUUUUAAAAGCCACACCCGAUUUUGUAUAAAGGACUUAUGUAUAUAUGUUAUUUUACGCGUAAAUUUUGGUGACAACAAAUUGUUUUCUCUAAUACUGGCCGUCCACUGCCUCUCAGCAAACUUGAUUUCAAAGUAUAAAUACUCAUAUAUAUAGCUUCUAGUCGCCAUUUUUAGCGUUUUCAUUCACUUAAUAAUAAAUCAGCUCAAAUAAUGUACAUUAACCAUAUCAUUAAAUUAACUGUAUAUAGUUAGUAUUGUAUAUUGAUUGUGUUUGGAAUAAUUUGUUUGUAUAACAUUCCUUUAUUGUUACGAAUAAUGCAAGUACAAAUUCGCUACUAGUAAAAGUAAAGGGUUCUCAAAACAAAAUAGGCGAAUGUUGGAUACCUGUUAAAACGGAGAAUUCUUCUGACAGACAUACAAAAACUUAAAAAAAUCAAUUCGAAGUUUUGUAGCCAUGUCAUGUUAUUAAUUAAAUAAAAAGAGUAAUAAUUACUAGGAAAACACCCCUUUCAGCAAAUCUUAAUUACUAUAUUUACUAAAUAGUAUAAGUAGCCGCUCAUAAUGAAAGACUCUACUUAGUGACUCUACUACUCACUCUCUAGAAACUAGUAGUGAAUUACAGAGGACUUAGCACGAACGUUUUGAUAGUUUCGUCAAUUGCGAUAUUCAUAUACGCUAUGAUAAAGUAUAUUUAAAAGCUGGAAAUCUUUCAAUUUUUAUAUCGAACGAUUGCUUCCGUUCACUUCCAAAUACCAUAGAGCGCUUUUCCAUAGACAUUUAUAUUACGAUAGCUAUACACUUAUUCGUGCUAAGACCUUUGGACAUAGCGUACACAUCGUACUGAUUAAUUAUGGCGUCAUUUUUAAGGACCUAGUCAUAUUUUAGAUGAAUUAAGUAUUCGGUAUUACGUUUUGGGUGGGAUCUCACGUACUGUUCAAAUGAGAAUAGAAACGUCAAGUAAAAUGUCAAUUGUCAAUUGUCACUCGAUUAAAAUAAUACUUGGCAUUGCAUAACGGUGUUGUCAGACUUUUAACGCAUUUUAGUAUAAAUUAACGAUCCUAUUCUUAUUUGAAUAGAAUGAAUAUCAGCGAAUUAAGUACAUAUUAAGAAAUAGGGUCAAUUUUAUUAAUAAUGAUCGGCUGAAAUAUGGGAAAAAUUCUAAGCGUUGAAGUGAUUUUUUAUAUAGAUUGAAGUGGUUAACUAUAACGCGGGUGGAACGGACCGCUGCUGUUGAAUUCUAAAUUAAUUGUUAUAUUGAUCCAGGGGCGCUACAACCCCCUGGAUUAUUAAUACAUGGGUGUACAAUUUUGUUUCAUAGACAAUUAGGUGAUCACCCUUGUGUCUGACAGAUGUCGGGUUAAGGAUUUGAGACAUGCCAUUUAUGAUGUUUUCCUUUACCGAGUGUAAGACAUAGAAAGUCUAUUGGUGCAAAUCCCAGAACCUGAAAGAUGGGAGAGCCUGAAGUCUAUGUCAACACUGCUUUGCAAUUAAAUAAUAUAUAUAAAACACUUAUAUUGGCUAGUUACAGUAUCUGUAUGUUUAAAUAGUGGAUUUUUUAUUUUUUGUAUACAUAUUUUGAUAUUGUACAACAUUUACUUCAAUGCAAAAAUUCUCCAUACAAUUUGUAUACUUUCAUUCGUUGCUAUUCGAUAUAUUUUUGGACUUCGUUUAGUUUAAAAUAGAUGCUUUCAUUUAGUUCCAACCCACCCACAGAGCGCUGCUCAUUUUUCCAUACAAUAUUGUAUCAUUACCAUUCUAUAUACACGAACUGAAAUGUCAAAAUAAUCAUGAACGUAAAACAUAAGUAUUAUUGAAUUAACGGCAACGGUCCUUAUACGCUCUCGGCCUCAUAAAACGUGAACCAAACAUAGACCGAAAUUACGACCGACCCAAAUUACGGUAACCAUGGUAACGCGGCACGUUUGAUCUACGUUUUAUAAUAGGCCCGUUUGUGAUUUGUUUAUUAUACUCUUCGACUGAUUAUAUUUUAUAUUACUAGUCUGAUUUGAGUUGGAAUUUACGGCGACAAUUGAUUGUUCCUGUAUGAGAAAAUGUGGAGGUUUGGCCUCGCAGUCAAAGGACUAAUGACUGUAUAUUCCGAAUACAUAUUAGAUUUAUGCUUUUUGUAAAAUUUAUUAGUACAAUACCAUUUAAGUGCUAUGUUGUAUAACAAUAGUGUUUGCUUUGUACAGCGGUUUAUUUGUAUACCUAUUUUGUAAAAUUUAAA